CCAUCCCUGAGGGAGAAAACAGAAAUAUCUCGAGAAGAGCGCCGCCAACAAACUACGGGGCCAGGAAUAAACAGCCCGAAGGAGGAUAGGAGAACAGUCCGGUCACAGGGGGGCUGCGUUCGAGGACGAACAGGUCUAAAAAGUACACGAUUAUCCAAUCCCAAUGCCUCUCCACAAGUCGGGCCGGGCCCACCGCCUGGAUCCCACCAUGAUCUCCGCCCCCCUGGGGGACUUCCGCCACACCAUGCACAUCGGCAGAGGUGGAGACGCCUUCGGAGACACGUCCUUCCUGUCCAACUGCGGCCCCUCCAAGACAGAGUCUGUGAAGUCCAAAUCAGACUCUUUAGACUCGGUCCCGUCGCCCACAGCAACCACCAUCGACCCACCAGAGAUGAGGCUGAGCCAUGACGGUGAUGACGUUGUGACUUCGGAUGAGGCUCAUCCACAGCUCCGUCAUUCCGAAUCAGUCUCAUCCUUCGACCUGGACCUGGACCUGGGUCCAUCCAUUUUGGGAGACGUUCUUGGAGUGAUGGACGGACUUGGGCUGGGCAGCGACUGGACGACGGGCAAGCAAGGCGAGGAAGUUUUUGGCUCCAGCGCGGAUGGAGGAAUGUCGCCGAUUGGCAUGGCGGAUGAGCUAAACGAAGUGAACGGGGUCAAGUCCAAAGGCCUGAGGCCCAAAGUGCGGUUCAGCGACAAAAAAGAGGAAAUCAUCGGCCGGCAGUUUGGAAUCGGUGGAGGAUCCGAGGCGGAAGUUGAGAAGGAAAGAGAAAUGAGCCCAGUUGGAGUUGCGGUUCAGAUGAGGGUUGAAGAAACCACCAACAAAGAAAUGGCUUACAGAGCUGUGGCAGAAUCGACCAAUCACAGAGGAGAUCACAGCCCAAGCCCCUCCUCCUCAAUGAGCUCGGAAUACGAAGGGGUCUCCCCGUUGGACAGAAGGAGGGAAGAGGAAUCGGUUUCAGAGGAAGAGUGCGCGGCUGGAGAGCAGGGCUAUACGUUCGAGGACGAGUCCGACGAUGAGAUCGGCCUUUAGGAGAAUUGGAUUGCAAUUUGCGGGGACCAAGCACCGAAAAGUAUGCGCGGAAGAAUGCUUUUCUAAUCAACAUUCCAUAAAAGGGAGAAAUAACCAAAGCUAAAACGUUCUGUCCAAGAUGAAAAACUGGAUUUUGAUCAUCCGUAGGUUAUUAACGAGUUUACAAAUAUAAAGAGCCUCACAAUUAUGUUUCAAUGCUGCGAGCUCCAGUGGAUUAGAAAUGGUGUAUGUAGGCUUGUGAACCAGUUUCUUACUAAGCUUAAUGCUUCAUCGUAUCAUGGGGAAAUGACACAGAAUUUUAUAUUAGUACUUCUUUUAAUCUUACUUUUAAUAUUUAAUGUUGUAAAACAGCCUUGAUAAGCAAUUAUUAUACUUUUUUCAGGUUCAUAUGUAUCGUAUAUAAAAA